UGAGGGUGCGAGCGCGAGGAGAAGCUCGCUCACGUACACGUAUUUACACGCACGCACACGGACCGACGCGCAGGACAGAGUGUGUGUAAGAGAAAGAGAGAGAGAAUGGGGCGCGCGAAGCUGUCGGAUGAAUGACCCGGAGAGAACCCUGUCUCACCUGGACAAGUGUGUAUAAAGUUUUAGUCCCGGACUCCACGCGCGCGGGACAUGGAUACGCUCGUGCUGGGGUUACUGCUGGCGCACGCGACGGUGCGAGGCGCCGGGAGCGAGUACGGAACCGUGCAAAUGGGACAUGCCGAAAAAGGCGGUUGCUCGUUCGACGACGGUCCCGCGCAGUGUGAUUACCAACAGGAUCCGUACGACGAUUUUGAUUGGACGCAUGUCAGCGCUCAGGAAGUUCCCUACUUGUCCCCUGAACUGCCUCAAGGUUCAUACAUGAUGGUGGACUCGUCUCAGCAUGACCCUGGGGAGAGAUCACGCCUCCAGCUCCCCGUGAUGAAGGAGAACGACACACACUGCAUCGACUUUAACUACCUGCUGUACGCCACUGAAGGCUCCAGUCCUGGAACACUCAAUGUCCUGGUCAAGGUCAAUAAAGGACCAGUGGCCAACCCUAUCUGGAACAUCAGCACCCACACCGGGAACAUCUGGAGGAAGGCGGAGCUCGCUGUUAGCACCUUCUGGCCCAACGAGUACCAGGUGAUCUUCGAGGCUGAGGUGGCCAGUGGAAGGCGGGGUUUCAUAGCGAUUGAUGAUGUACAGGUGUUGAGUUACCCGUGCGAUAAAUCCCCUCACUUCCUGCGUCUGGGUGACGUGGAGGUGAACGCAGGACAGAACGCCACCUUCCAGUGCAUUGCCACUGUCCGAGACGCCGUCAAUAACAAACUCUGGCUGCAGAGGCGUAAUGGAGAGGACAUCCCCGUGGCGGAGAAGAAGAACAUUAAUCACAGAAAGUUUGCGGCGUCGUUUCGUCUCAGUGAAGUGACGAGUCAGGAUCAGGACCUGUACCGCUGCGUCACCCAAUCAGAGCGCGGCUCCGGAGUCAGCAACUUCGCCGGCCUCAUCGUCAGAGAGCCCCCGAGGCCCAUAGCUCCGCCCCAGCUGCUGGGCGUCGGCCCCACGUACCUGCUGAUUCAGCUGAACGCGAACUCGAUCUUCGGCGACGGCCCGAUCAUCCUGAAGGAGGUGGAGUACCGCAUGACGUCCGGCUCCUGGACCGAGACGCACGCCGUCAACUCACCUCACUACAAACUGUGGCACCUCGACCCCGACACCGAGUACGAGAUCCGCGUCCUACUGACACGCCCCGGAGAGGGAGGGACCGGAAAACCUGGCCCCGCCCUCGUCACACGCACCAAGUGUGCAGAGCCCAUGCGCACGCCGAAAUCCCUGAAGAUCGCUGAGACCGGCCCUCGCUCCAUCUCGGUGGACUGGGAGUCUCUGGGCUACAACAUCACACGCUGUCACACCUUCAACGUCACCAUUUGCUUCCACUACGUCACCCGGGGCAACCGUAGCCACGACAAUCGCAGCCAACAACCCGAGCGGAACCAUGGCGACUGCCUGGAGAUGGAUCCGAAAGCGCCGCGUCACGUGGUUCCCAACCUCCCUCCCAACACCAAUAUCAGCCUCAAGAUGAUCCUCACCAACCCCGAGGGCCGCAAGGAGAGUGAGGAGACCAUCGUCCAGACGCAGGAGGAUGUACCUGGAUUCGUUCCCAGUGCCUCUCUGAAAGCUACUCCAUCUGAGGAUCGAAUCUCACUGCACUGGAAGGAGCCACUUGAGCCCAACGGUGUCAUUACACAGUAUGAGAUCAGCUACAGCAGCGUGUCUUCGUUUGACCCGUCCGUCCCGUUGCUCCGCCCCCCUCUCAUGGUCUCCUUGCCUUUUAACGCGACUUCACACGUGUUCUCUCAGCUCCACCCAGGAACCACCUACCACUUCACCAUCCGAGCACGGACCAGCAAGGGCUUCGGCCCGGCCACCACCAUCAACACCACCACCAACAUCUCCGCUCCGAUUCUGGAGGAGUACGAUGGCACAGAGGCGUUCCUCAACGACACAGCGACCACCAUCACCGUACUGCUCAAACCUGCACAGGCUAAAGGAGCUCCCAUCAGUUCUUACCAGAUCGUGGUGGAGGAACGGAGCCCUCACCGCUCACGCCGAGAUGCCGGGGCUCUGGAGUGUUUCCGUGUCCCUGUGUCCUACCAGACGGCCUCCAGCUCCGGCUCUCCGUACUACUUUGCUGCAGAGCUUCCUCCCGGGAACCUUCCAGAACCUUCUCCCUUUACUGUGGGAGACAACAAGACGUACCGGGGCUACUGGAACGCUCCACUCGCUCCACGGAAGAACUACAACAUCUACUUCCAGGCCGUGAGCAGUGUGGAGAAGGAAACGAAGACGCAGUGCCUGAAAUUGGCGACUAAAGGUUCCUUGGGUUCCUUCGGUCCUUGGUUCUCCGGUUCAGGAGCUACAGAGGAGCCGGAGGUGAUUCCUGAUCCGGCUAAACAGACAGACCGUGUGGUGAAGAUCGCCGGGAUUAGCGCCGCAGUGCUCGUCUUCAUCCUGCUGCUGCUGGUGGCCAUUUUACUGGUGAAGAAAAGGAGGACCUACUAUUCUUACUCAUAUUACCUGAAACUGGCGAAGAAGCGGAAGGACGCAGCGGGGAACGCCCGGCAGGAGAUGACGCACAUGGUGAACGCCAUGGACCGGAGCUACGGCGAGCAGAACACGCUCCACACUGAGGAACCCGUCAGCGUCACCUUCAUGGACUCGCACAGCUUCAACACCCGCUUGCCCAACGAUCCGCUCGUGCCCACGGCGGUGCUCGUACCCAUAACUGAUGAGAACCAUGCAGCAGCAGAGAACAGCAGGUUGUUGGAUGUUCCUCGGUUCCACUGUGAAGGAACCGAGUCUCCGUAUCAGACAGGGCAGCUCCACCCCGCCAUCCGAGUGGCAGAUCUGCUGCAACACAUCAACCUGAUGAAGACCUCCGACAGCUACGGCUUUAAAGAGGAGUACGAGAGUUUCUUUGAGGGUCAGUCGGCGUCGUGGGACGUGGCCAAGAAAGAGCACAACCGAACCAAAAAUCGCUACGGCAACAUCAUCGCCUAUGAUCAUUCUCGGGUGAUCCUGCAGCCGGUGGAAGACGACCCCUCGUCCGACUACAUCAACGCCAACUACAUAGACGUAAGUGGCGCUGUGUGUCCCUCCUCCUCCUCCUCCUCCUCCUCCUCCUCGCUUGGCGAAGGUGUGAGAAACAGCUCUCCCUCUCUCAUUUGGCUGUACAGGGAUGGCUACCAGAGGCCGAGUCACUACAUCGCGACACAAGGUCCUGUCCACGAGACGGUGUACGAUUUCUGGAGGAUGAUCUGGCAGGAGCAGUCGGCGUGUAUCGUCAUGGUAACCAACCUGGUGGAGGUGGGACGGGUGAAAUGUUAUAAGUACUGGCCGGAUGAUGCAGAGGUGUACGGGGACUUCAAGGUGACCUUCGUGGAGGUAGAGCCGCUGGCCGAGUACGUGGUGCGCACUUUCACUCUGGAACGGAGGGGUUUUAAUGAAGUGCGUGAGGUGAAGCAGUUCCACUUCACCGGUUGGCCGGAUCAUGGAGUUCCCUAUCACGCUACAGGCCUGCUGUCUUUCAUCCGCCGCGUCAAAAUGUCCAACCCUCCGACUGCAGGCCCCAUCGUAGUGCACUGCAGUGCGGGGGCAGGCCGUACAGGAUGUUACAUAGUGAUUGAUAUCAUGUUGGACAUGGCGGAGCGCGAGGGUGUUGUGGACAUUUACAACUGCGUUAAAGCGCUCCGCUCACGACGCAUCAACAUGGUGCAGACCGAGGAGCAGUACAUCUUCAUCCAUGAUGCUAUUUUAGAGGCUUGUCUGUGUGGAGACACCGCGAUCCCCGUGUGUGAGUUUAAAGCGGCGUAUUACGACAUGAUCCGCAUCGACUCCCAGAGUAACUCGUCCCACCUCAAAGAUGAGUUCCAGACGUUGAACUCCGUGACCCCUCAGCCCCAGCCUGAGGACUGCAGCAUCGCUCUCCUGCCCAGGAACCAUGAGAAGAACCGCUUCAUGUCCAACCUGCCCCCUGACCGAUGUCUGCCCUUCCUCAUCACCAUCGAUGGCGAGAGCAGCAACUACAUCAACGCUGCACUCAUGGAUACGUCAGGACUGUACCAGAGCUACAGGCAGCCGGCGGCUUUUAUAGUCACUCAGCACCCUCUGCCCAACACUGUAAAGGAUUUCUGGAGGUUGGUUUACGAUUAUGGCUGCACCUCCAUCGUCAUGCUGAACGAGAUCGACCUUGCUCAGGGCUGCCCUCAGUACUGGCCUGAAGAAGGCAUGCUCCGGUACGGCCCCGUGCAGGUCGAGCGAGUUUCCUGCUCCAUGGACUGUGACGUUAUCAGCCGUCUGUUCAGGAUCUGUAACCUGACCCGACCACAAGAGGGCUACCUCAUGGUCCGUCAUUUCCAAUACCUGGGGUGGGCAGGGCUGCGAGAGGUUCCUGCCUCCAAGCGCUCGUUCCUGAAGCUGAUCCUGCAGGUGGACAAGUGGCAGGAGGAGUGUGAAGAGGGGGAGGGGCGCACCGUCGUCCACUGUCUGAAUGGCGGGGGGCGCAGUGGGGUUUUCUCAGCAGUCACCAUCGUGUGCGAGAUGAUCAAGAGGCAGAACGUUGUGGACGUGUUUCACGCCGUGAAGAGCCUGAGGAACAGCAAACCCAACAUGGUGGACACGCCGGAACAGUACCGGUUCUGUUACGACGUAGCUCUGGAGUACAUCGAGAACUCCUAAUGGAGAAGGGAAAGGAGGUGACCUCUGUCCAUCCAGACCAGUUUCCCACACACUCGUUGCUGUUCCCGAUCGGCUGCAGAUGGAAACAGACGAACUGUCAAGCGAAAAUAAAGUGUUAGCUAACUAGCAUCCUGAAAAGCGA